AUGAGAAUAUCUUCAGUAGUUUACAUCUUUGUCAUGUUUCUGUUUGUAAACCAAGCAUCGUGUAAGUUUCACAAACAGAAGAAAUUAUAUGAUUUCGAAACCAAGCUGCUUCGCAAGACCUCAGGAGGCGCAGCAGCAGCUCCAUUGCCUAGCCAGGAUUCCUCCUUUUCGAUGCCUUCAAGCGCCCCAAAGAGUGUUGGCAGAGUGUUUUACCCUAUAGGAUACGGAGCUGACCCGAGUGGGGAGCAAGAUAGCAGCGAUGCAAUACUUGAAGCAAUGGAAGAUGCAGUGAGGAGUGAUAAACAAGGACUGGAACUAAUGCCUGGAAUUACAGACAUGGGAGGUGUUGUUAUUGACUUGCAAGGUGCUAGUUUCAAGAUCAAUAGACCAAUUAGGGUCCCUGCCUUUACUGGCAAUCUCGUGAUUCAAGGAGGAACAUUUCGCGCAUCAGAGUCAUUUCCAACUGAUCGCCAUCUAGUUGAGCUUUGGUCUCCAAACUCAAUAAAACUUGACAGUACAGAGAUUGCUCAACUUGAUGGAUUUUCUGACCAGAAAGUCCAAACUCAUGGAAUAUACUAUGAGGCCAUUACUUUUAGAGACAUUCUCUUCGAUUCAGCUUUCCGAGGAGGAGGCCUUUUUGUGGUUGAUUCAGCUAGAAUCCGAAUAGUAGAUUGCUUCUUUCUCCACUUCAUGACACAAGGCAUUCUGGUACAAAAAGGGCAUGAAACUUUCAUUUCUACUUGUUUUCUAGGUGAACAUCCUACAGUUGGGGGUGAUAGACGUGAACGCGAUUUCUCAGGCACAGCCAUUGAUCUUGCUAGCAAUGACAAUGCAGUCACUGACGUCGCCAUUUUCUCAGCAGCCAUUGGAAUUACUCUAAGAGGCCAAGCUAAUAUUGUCACAGGUGUACAUUGCUAUAACAAAGCUACAUAUUUUGGCGGUGUGGGGAUUUUGGUUAAGGCAGGACAGACUAGAAUUGAUAAUUCUUACUUGGAUUACAAUUCUAUAAUCAUUGAAGACCCUUCUCAAGUUCAUGUCACUAAUGGAUUCUUCCUUGGAGAAGGAAACGUUGUGCUCAAAGCGAUUAAAGGUCGGAUAUCUGGAUUGACUGUUGUCAACAAUAUGUUCACAGGGAAUGCAAAAAGUGCAAAACCAACCAUUUGUUUAGAUGGGAAGUUUACAAAGAUUGAUCAAGUUGUGAUUGAUCACAACAAUGUGAAUGGAAUGAAACUGAAAUCGACGGUUGGGAAGAUGGUUGUGGCUGGAAAGGGGGCAAAAUGGACGGCAGAUUUCUCCUCACUCUUGGUAUUUCCAGAUCAAAUAAAUCAUGUUCAGUACUCAGUUUAUCAGGGACCAAGAGAAGUUUCUACAGGGCAUGCAUUGACAAAGAUUUCGAAAAAUGCUGUGGUUGUUGAAAGUGAAAAGGAGAUUGAAGGGGUUGUUUCUAUUGUAGUUGAUCAGUAUAGCCUGGAUGGAGAACAAUACUUAUUCAUGUAGAUUGCAGGAAUUAUUUAUUCUUGGACACAAAGAAGCCAGAUAGACAGAUUUUCUAGGAUGGUAUUAUUGUUCGAUUUCAAUUUCAGUAUAAAACCACACCGAUGACUAGA